AUAAUACGGAUAUUGCAAAGCAAGCACGCCAGCCAUCACAAAGAGGAGGGAAAAAGCAAACAGUUCCUGAUCAGGUCUCCUCCUGCCGCCGAUCCUCAGCGACCUGCGACCAGGUGGAGAUGAGGGGUCCGCGGGCCAGCGGGGGGCCCCCGGCGGUGCUGCUGCUGCUGCUGCUGCUGGCUUCAGGCUCCACGGAUGGAUACAAACCUGUCAUCAUCGUCCACGGCAUCCUGGACGGACCCGAACAGUUUAAAAAUCUCUCAGGCUUCAUUAAUGAGGUGCAUCCAGGUACGGAGGUGCAGAUCAUCAGUCUGUUCAACAUCGGGAAGAGCAUGAAGCCGUUGUGGAUUCAAAUCCCAGAGUUCAGGAAGGCCAUCGAGAAAAUCACGAGCACACAUCCUGAGGGAGUCCAUGUGUUGUGUUUCUCACAAGGUGGUUUAAUCUGCAGAGCAGUUCUGUCUACGUCUCCAAAUCACAACGUUCACACCUUCAUCUCCCUGUCAUCGCCCCUGGCUGGACAAUAUGGAGACACAGAUUACCUGCAGUGGUUACCUGGCUGUGUAAAGAAGAAUGCUUAUCUUUUCUGCUACAACAAAGUGGGGCAGCAUUUUUCGUUUUGUGACUACUGGAACGACCCUCACCAUAGAGCCUGCUACCUGAAGGGCAACACCUUCCUGCCUCUGAUUAACGGUGAAAUACCUCACCAGCACCUGACAGAUUGGAGAGAAAACUUCCUGCGUAUAAAGAAGAUGGUGCUGAUUGGAGGACCAGAUGACGGCGUCAUCACGCCAUGGCAAUCCAGCCAGUUUGGGUUCUACGACUCCAACGAAGAUGUUGUGGAAAUGAGGAACCAGGCGUUUUAUAAAAACGACACGUUUGGUCUGAAGACGCUGGACGUCCGCGGCGACGUGUCGGUGUGUGUUCAGUCCGGAGUCAAACACACACACUGGCACUCCGACUUCACCGUGUUCAAAAACUGCGUAGAGAGGUGGCUCAUAUGAAAGAGAUGCUGGUUGGAGGUUCGAUUUGCCCCAAGAUUAUUUAAAACAUGUCAUCUUUAAGAACAGUUUGUACUAAAAGAGAAAUUGUGAAAAGAUUAUGAGGGCUUAACAUGGAGGAUGAGGUAAAAUAUUACAACCCAAUGAAUAAUUGUCCUUCUUUCCCCUGAUGUCUGUAAACACUUUAAUAUUUGUGUUGCUUAAUAAUUGCUCCCUAUAACUUUUAUAUCCAUGUUUCUAUAGACAUACUAGAACAAGACUGCAGAUGUUAAUGUGAAACUAUUGUGUUAUAAUAGAAAGUUUUAUCUGAAACUUUAAGUGCCUUUACAAAGAAUUACCUCGUUGUUUGCAAUCUAUCAUCUAUUUUGAUAUUACUCAUACUCUCCUAAUAAUCCCACUUUCCCCAGAAAGUUAAAAUAAUCAGCUGGUAUGUUAUUUUAUGAUGUUUGUUUGUUUGUUCCAGUUUUAUAGUAACAAAAGCUGUAUAUUCUUGCAAUAAACACCUCAGACUUCCAGUAUUAAAGAGUUUAAAUGGC